UUUCGCUUCGACCGGCUCACCUUGCGUGCGACACCCUGUUGUGUCACUUUGGGAAUGUUUGUGUUUCCCCGUGCUCUCAUUUAAUCGGGAAGUGUCUUCAAAAGGACACAUUGAAGCAUUUAUAGUUCGACAACCGUCUAGAGGUGACGCCUACAUAAAUUUCUUGAGGUCUAAUGCUAACCACCAUUACCAUGGAAACUGAGGCUAGUCACAUGCUCGAGGCAGCUCUGGAGCAGAUGGAUGACAUCAUUGCCGGUUCAAAAGCAGCAGCGCUGGAACUCACUAAUGGCAUGUAUGACCUUGAUUCUGUCGUCAGCUCCGGCCCUUUGCAGGUCAUUCAGUUGGCUGUAGACCUCAAACUUGCUUUGGAGCUUCAGCCGAACCAGGAAGACAGAAAGCGCCUCAGAGCACAGUUGCCCACCGAAACAGCAGAGGCUCUCAAAGACUGGCUCCAGCGUGGAGAUGUGAACCUGUGUUCUCCUGCCAACAAUGAAACCUACCAAGAGAGACUGCUCCGCCUAGAGGGAGACAAGGAGUCCUUGGUUUUACAGGUAAGUGUCCUGACUGACCAGGUGGAGGCUCAAGGGGAGAAGAUCAGAGAUCUCGAAAGCUCCCUCGAGGAACACAGACAGAAACUAGCUUCCACUGAGGAGAUGCUGCAACAGGAGCUGGUGAGCAGGACGUCUCUGGAAACUCAGAAGUUAGAUCUGAUGGAUGAGGUUUCAUAUCUGAAACUGAAGUUGGUUAGCAUUGAGGAAACUCACCACACACAUCUCCAAGAACCCAUGGAUGCGAACCAGAAUAAAGCAGAGUGCGUGGUAAAUCUCAUCAGUGAGCUCCAGGAGCAGAUGUGCAGGUUUCAGGAGGAAAUCAGCACUCGCAUUCAGGAGAAGCGCGCCCUGGAAGAUGGUGAUGCCCAGCGCGGAGAGCCAGGUGCCGAGCAGGCCCGCGCUCACAGCCCUGUGCUUAGGCUAAGUGCCACAAACCUGAGCCUGUAUGGACUGACCGCAAAUGAUUUAUUGCAAGAAGUGAAGCAGCUCAAGAAUAAAGUGGAGGAGCUGGAAGGAGAGAAGGGACAGUACGAGAGGCAACUUCGAGUCACCAAGGCUGAAAUCUCAGACCUGCAGCAGCUCCUUUGCUCCAAAGACGCUGAGAUUGAAAGCCUGCAGACCCAACUUCUGGCCAGAGGCAGCACAGCCAAUGACAACGCAGAGAGAGAGGAGGUGUAUAUCAAACAUCUGAUCAACAAAUACCAGGAAUACCAGCGGCUGAAGGUGGGGAUGGAGUCUCUUUUAGCUUCAAAUGAUGAAAAGACGCGCCGUAUCGAGGAGCUGACAAGUCUGCUUGGCCAGUAUCGAAAAAUUAAUGAGCUCAUGGCACUCACGCAUGGAAGUAGUGAAGAGGAGCUCAGUGGCAGUGUGAAAGUCAGAGCCAUCACACAAAAAGCCCACUGUGAUAUCUAUAGGUCAGAGAUGUCAUCAAGAGGAUCUUCACCACUUAUGUUAACAUCAUCAUCACCUUACCAGAGAGAACUAGACUUAUGUUUUCAGACCCCGAUGGACGUGUCACUUUCUACUGCCGAUACAAGCUUGUUAAAUGGAUUAUGGCAUCAACGCAGGUUGCAGUCUAGCAGUCUUGAGGAAUUGCAGAGCAGAUCUUUACAAAAGCCUGUUGAGACCCGGCCAGAUGAAAGUGAAUCAGACAUAGGGGGAGAGAAUGCUCACAUGGAGCUGAACAAGUACCAGACGCUGCCAGGGAAGCUAUGUCGAAAAGGUGAGCUCAGGACCAAGCUGAAUGAUGCCAGGGAAAGAGACGAAGAGUAUUUAUCUCCUGGAAGGCUCUCACCCGUCCAUAGCCACGACCAAGACUACAGUCUAAUUCGCUACAGGAGUGCCAGUGCUCCAGUUUUAGGAUCUCCGGGGAAGUAUGAUCUUUAUUACACUGAAUGUUCAGAUCAGCUAGAAGAAUGUAUCUUGUCAGACCAGUCCCCUCUGUCCUCUGGAAUGGACUCUCCUAUAGCGCUCGAAAACAGGAAAAGUCAAAGAGGCAUUAAGAAGCUCUGGGGCUUAAUUCGUCGCAGUCAGUCAGGUAGUCCAGGUCAGAUACAUGACCCAGAGCUUGGCGAUUUCAAGAGAAGAGGCCCCAGAACGAGACAGGCACGUUCAGGGAACAUACGAGACCUGAAGAUGCAUUUUUCUAAGUGGAACACCGAGCAGGUGUGUGAAUGGCUAGAAGACAUUGGACUGCGCCAGUAUGCUGCCAUGGCUCACCAGUGGGUCAGCAGCGGGGAAACUCUACUGUCUGCCACUGCACAAGACCUGGAAAAGGAAAUGGGAAUGAAAAAUCCAUUGCACAGGAAGAAACUCCAUUUAGCCAUCAAGACGUUUAAUAGCAAGCAGCACGAGAAGUCUGCCGAGCUGGAUUACCUCUGGGUCACUCGCUGGCUCGAUGACAUCGGCCUUCCUCAGUAUAAAGACCAAUUUAAUGAAGGAAGAGUGGAUGGGCAGAUGCUGCAGUACCUUACUGUGAAUGACUUGUUGGCCCUAAAAGUGACCAGCCAGCUGCAUCAUCUCAGCAUCAAGUGUGCUAUUCAUGUUCUACAUGUUAACCAGUUCAACCCUUACUGUCUCAAGCGCAGGCCUGGCACCGAGAACCAGUGUUCUCCUCGUGAGGUGGUUCAGUGGUCCAAUCAUCGAGUCAUGGAGUGGCUGAGAUCUGUGGACCUGGCCGAGUACGCCCCAAACUUGAGGGGCAGCGGGGUUCACGGAGGAUUAAUCAUGCUGGAGCCUCGGUUUAAUUCCGACUCGCUGGCGAUGCUGCUUAACAUCCCUCCUCAGAAAACACUACUGCGGCGCCACUUAGCCACCAAUUUCAGCAACCUGGUGGGAGCGCAAGCCCAGCAGGAGAAGAGAGAGUACACCGAAGCAGUGAACUCCACGCCGCUCAGCAUCACUGCCAAAGUCAAGCCCAAAAAGUUGGGCUUCUCCAAGUUGACACAUUUGCGGAGGAGGCGGCCAGAUGAAUCCACAGACUACGUUUGCCCCAUUGAAUCUGCCGGGCCUCUUGAGGGCCUUUCGACAGGGAACAGCACCCAGGCGCAUCACUACAACAACAACUUCAGAGGCCUGAGCACCAUCACGGACAGAAAGCCGGAUCACUCCAGCCACCAGCCCUCAAUACCUCAGCCCGCAUCCCACCCCCAUCCCGUGCUCCUCAAUCCUCAACCCAGCCCAUCAGUGUGACCAAGUGCCUUGACAAGUGAAGAGAUCUCUGUGAUGUUCUGAUAAAGCUGCUUGAUGGCUCCACAAUCACAGCUGCCUGUCAUGAUGGAUCUAGUCCGCCUCCUGUAUUAUUGGUCAGGUGCUAAACAAACCCAGCGUCAGCCUCCUUUCCCGGUGACAGUGUAAAGGCACUCUUCACGGUAUUUAGCAGUUCUCCUAACCACUGUGCGCCAACAAGUGAUAAUUUUAUAUUUGUGUGAAUUCACUCGGGCACCCUUUCUACUUCUUAUUUUCCAGCUUGAAUACCACGUGCUUAAAAUAAACUUGUGACAUGCCGGUACUUGCUUUUAUUCUCAGAGAAUUGUAUUUAUUAUUUAUGUAAUUGCAGAGCCAAACAAGAAACAGAAGGGUUAUUUUGGAAACGGGAGCUGAUUUUGUACAUUGUCCUUACUUAACAGUAGUAGAUAAACUUUUAUACUAAAUUAACGAAUGCUUCUUUGAAGAACGCGACAUGUUGUGUAAUUUUU